UUCUCUCCCUCCAGCCUUCGAAAAGGGGUUAGAAUACCAUUCCAGUUCCCAGUUCUUCAGUUAAAGCCCCAGGGAAACAGAAACGAGGAGGAGUGGCGGAGAGGAAGAGCGGAAGGAAAGAGAGAGGAGUGAAAGAAGACGAAAACGAAAAUAGGCAAGGGGCGAGGGGGGGGGGGGUCAAGAACAGGAAAGAGGACGAGGAUAGAGUAGGAAGGAGGAGGGAAGAAGGGUAGGGAGGAGAGAGUAGAGAAGGGGGGAGGGAGAGGAAGAGGGAGGAGUAAGGGGAGGAGGGAGUAAGAGGAGGGGGUAAGAAGGAAGAGGAGGAGGAAAGAAGUGGAGGAGGAGGGAAGAGGUGGGGAGAAGAGGAAGAGAGAAGAAGAGGAAAGACGAAGAAGGGCAGGGAGGGGAGGUGGAGUGGACUACAUCUCCCAGGGUGCUCGGGACCAGUAGCGCCUGCGCAGUGAGGGAAGCGGCGGCGGGUCUGUUCUCCGCCGAGGAGGAGCCGGGCAGAGGAGGGGAGGCAGCGGGUGAGAGUUCAGAGUUCAGCAGCAGCAGCCCGAGCCCAUGAUUCCCAUAUGCCCUGUAGUUUCCUUCACCUAUGUGCCCAGCCGGCUGGGGGAAGAUGCCAAAAUGGCGACCGGCAACUACUUUGGAUUCACCCACAGCGGGGCGGCGGCGGCGGCGGCUGCGGCCCAGUAUAGCCAGCAGCCAGCUUCGGGUGUAGCCUACUCUCAUCCAACUACAGUUGCUAGCUACACUGUCCAUCAGGCUCCAGUAGCUGCUCACACGGUUACUGCUGCCUAUGCACCAGCAGCCGCCACAGUUGCAGUUGCCAGGCCUGCUCCAGUAGCUGUUGCAGCUGCUGCAACAGCUGCUGCUUAUGGAGGUUACCCCACCGCUCACACAGCAACAGAUUAUGGUUAUACCCAGAGACAACAAGAAGCUCCACCUCCACCACCUCCAGCCACUACACAGAAUUACCAGGACUCAUACUCAUAUGUGAGAUCUACUGCCCCAGCUGUAGCAUAUGAUAGUAAGCAGUACUAUCAACAACCAACAGCAACUGCAGCUGCUGUAGCUGCUGCUGCUCAGCCCCAGCCUUCUGUUGCUGAAUCCUACUACCAGACAGCUCCUAAAGCAGGGUAUAGCCAAGGUGCAACUCAGUAUACUCAAGCCCAGCAAACUCGGCAAGUGACAGCCAUAAAACCAGCCACACCAAGUCCAGCAACAACUACUUUCUCCAUAUAUCCUGUAUCAUCCACUGUACAACCAGUAGCAGCUGCAGCUACCGUAGUGCCAUCCUACACCCAGAGUGCUACUUAUAGUACCACUGCAGUUACUUAUUCUGGUACCUCUUAUUCGGGUUAUGAAGCAGCAGUAUAUUCAGCUGCAUCCUCCUACUACCAACAGCAACAGCAGCAGCAGAAGCAAGCAGCAGCAGCAGCAGCUGCUGCUGCUGCAACAGCUGCCUGGACAGGGACCACCUUUACUAAAAAAGCACCAUUCCAAAAUAAGCAACUGAAACCAAAACAGCCUCCCAAACCACCCCAGAUUCACUAUUGUGAUGUUUGUAAGAUCAGCUGUGCUGGACCACAGACUUAUAAAGAGCAUUUAGAAGGACAGAAACACAAAAAAAAGGAAGCUGCAUUGAAAGCUUCUCAAAAUACCAGCAGCAGCAGCACCUCCAUUCGUGGGACUCAAAAUCAACUACGUUGUGAGCUCUGUGAUGUGUCUUGUACAGGAGCAGAUGCAUAUGCAGCCCAUAUUCGUGGUGCUAAGCAUCAAAAAGUGGUAAAGUUACACACAAAACUUGGCAAACCCAUUCCUUCAACGGAACCAAAUGUUGUUAGCCAGGCUACUUCUUCAACAGCCGCAUCUGCUUCUAAAUCAACUGCCUCUACUUCUGGUAUUGCAGCUAGCAACAGUACUGUGAACUCUUCAGUUGUAACUUCUGCAGUCAAAGUUCUUACGCCUGCUACAAACACAGGUCUCAAUACAGCAUCAAACACUAAAGCAUCAACUGUGCCUGCAAGUAUGGCUGCAAAGAAAACAUCCACACCCAAAAUAAACUUUGUUGGUGGCAAUAAGUUGCCGUCAAUUAAAACAGAAGAUUUGAAAGGUACCGAAAGUAUUAAAGCUACCCCUGCCACUUCUGCCGUACAGACCCAAGAAGUAAAAUCAGACCCAUCAGACCCAGUGACACCUACAACUCUUGCUGCUUUGCAAAGUGAUGUGCAGCCAGUAGGCCAUGACUAUGUUGAGGAGGUACGAAAUGAUGAAGGGAAAGUAAUUCGGUUCCAUUGUAAGCUGUGUGAGUGCAGCUUUAAUGAUCCCAAUGCUAAGGAGAUGCACUUAAAAGGGAGAAGGCACAGACUCCAGUAUAAAAAAAAAGUAAAUCCAGAUUUGCAAGUUGAAGUAAAGCCCAGUAUUCGAGCAAGAAAGAUUCAAGAAGAGAAAAUGAGGAAGCAAAUGCAGAAGGAAGAAUACUGGAGAAGGCGUGAAGAGGAAGAACGCUGGAGAAUGGAAAUGAGACGCUAUGAAGAAGAUAUGUAUUGGAGGAGAAUGGAGGAAGAACAGCAUCACUGGGAUGACAGACGCCGAAUGCCUGAUGGAGGGUAUCCACAUGGUCCACCAGGGCCACUAGGCCUCUUGGGGGUGAGACCAGGAAUGCCACCUCAGCCUCAGGGGCCUGCACCUUUACGUCGUCCUGAUUCAUCUGAUGACCGUUAUGUAAUGACCAAACAUGCAGCUAUAUAUCCAACUGAAGAAGAGUUACAGGCAGUUCAGAAAAUUGUUUCUAUCACUGAACGGGCUCUCAAACUUGUUUCAGACAACAUGUCUGAUCAUGAAAAAAGCAAAAGCAAAGAAGGGGAUGACAAGAAAGAAGGCGGCAAAGACAGAGCUUUGAAAGGAGUCCUGCGAGUAGGAGUACUGGCAAAAGGAUUACUUCUCCGUGGAGACAGAAAUGUAAACCUUGUUUUACUCUGCUCAGAGAAACCUUCAAAGACGUUACUGAGUCGUAUUUCAGAAAACCUUCCCAAACAGCUUGCUGUUAUAAGUCCUGAGAAGUAUGACAUAAAAUGUGCUUUAUCUGAAGCUGCAAUAAUACUGAAUUCCUGUGUGGAACCCAAAAUGCAAGUUACUAUCACGCUGACAUCUCCAGUUAUUCGAGAGGAAAACAUGAGGGAUGGAGAUGUAACCUCGGGUAUGGUGAAAGACCCACCGGACGUCUUGGACAGGCAAAAAUGCCUUGACGCUCUGGCUGCUCUACGCCACGCUAAGUGGUUCCAGGCUAGAGCUAACGGUCUGCAGUCCUGUGUGAUUAUCAUACGUAUUCUUCGUGACCUCUGUCAGCGAGUUCCAACUUGGUCAGAUUUUCCCAGCUGGGCUAUGGAGUUGCUAGUAGAGAAAGCAAUCAGUAGUGCUUCUGGACCUCAGAGUCCUGGGGAUGCAUUGAGAAGAGUUUUUGAGUGUAUUUCUUCAGGAAUUAUUCUUAAAGGUGGUCCUGGACUUCUAGAUCCCUGUGAAAAGGACCCAUUUGAUACACUGGCUACAAUGACUGACCAACAACGGGAAGAUAUUACUUCUAGUGCCCAGUUUGCUCUGAGACUCCUUGCAUUCCGUCAGAUACACAAAGUGCUAGGUAUGGAUCCUUUGCCUCAAAUGAACCAACGCUUCAAUAUCCACAACAACAGAAAACGAAGAAGGGACAGUGAUGGAGUUGAUGGAUUUGAAGCUGAAGGGAAAAAAGACAAAAAGGAUUAUGAUAACUUUUAAAAAGUUUUUGUAAAUCUUCAGUGUUAAAACAAAAAAAACAAAACAAAAAAAAGGUGUGCCCAGUUGUUGGCUGUUUUUCAUUCAUAAUAAUGUCUACUUUGAAAUGCUUAUAAAAAAAAAGUAAGAAGGUUAAUUUUGUGGAAAGAACCAGGUGUUUCUGUGAAUUUAAAAACUUUUAAUGAAUGUACAGUGUUAGGUAUUUUAUGAAUGGAAAGACACCAAAAAUAUUUGUACUUAAAUGGGGGGGGAGGGCUGGUAAAACAUAAGUUUAGUUCAGAUUUUUCCCCAUUCUUUUACUUUACUAGCUACUUGUUAUAAAUUCCCCCCAUAUAUGUGUCUUUUAUUAACUAAUACAUUGUCUUCUUAAAUGUAUUUAAUGCAGCAUUUGUGCUUCUGUUGCUACAUGUAUUUUGAUAUUUUUAUUUAGAGGUUUUGUUUGCUCUUUGACACUAGUUGUAAGUUACUUUGUGUUAUAGGUAAUAUACAGCUCCCCUGUCCCCUUAAUAUUUUACAGCAGAACUUUUUUUUGUAAAGUGAGACUGCAGGAUUUUUUGUUUCUUUUGUUGUUGUUCUAUAUGUGAAGGAUUACAACACAAAAAAAGUUACCCUGCCAUUUGAGUGCUCAGAAAUGAAUAUUUCUGCAGAUCUUGUGGCAUUUGUCUCUUUAGUGUGAUAUAAAGGUGUAAUUAAGACAGAUUUCUGUUAUUCUAAUCAAGUUUGCUGUUAGUUGUGCAUUAGCAGUAUAAAAGCUAAUAUAUACCAUAUGGUCUUGCAACAGUUUUAAAGCAUCUGCAUAAUUGAUAAUAAAAGUGCAUGACAUUUUUGUUUUUAAUAGACGGACUUUUAAAAUUAUCAUUUUAGGUUUAUUGCGUAGAUCUUUGUACAAUUGACUUUUGACAUAGCAAGGCCAAAAAAUAACUUUCUGAAUAUUUUCUUCUGUGCAUGUUGAAAGGGCAUUUUCACAUUUAAGUGGGCUAACAUAUUUUCAAAAGAACUUUAUCAGUGUGGGACUAACACCAAUAAUUAGCCCUUAAUUAUGAUGGAAUUUUCUCUUAUUGGUGCCUGUGAGGUUAUUCUAGCAGCUAUUUCACUAUAACGCAGUUCAGUGAUUUCCUCCCUUAUGCCCCAAUAAUUUGCAGGCUGUAAAAGUAAGGUUGAUAAAAUAUUUAUUGGACAAAAAAAUGAAGAUUUUUAUCAAAGAAAAACCCAGAAAAUUAUUUGAUAUGGCCAUCUUAUAUGCUUAUGUCACCUUCAAAAGCUAAAUAUUUUAGCAGUGGUGUAAUGAAAGUGACAUCGGAUUGUUGAUGUAUGCGCUGGUACACAGGUGUCAUUUUGUUGUCACAGCACUACAGUGAAAUACGCAAAUAAAAACUUAAAUUCA